ACUCACACACACACACACACACUCUCUCUCUCACACACGCCGACAGCCCGUCAGCCAGCACGGCUCUCUCACACACGCAGACGUUUACGCACACGAGCGGGAGACUACACACGUUCGCGCGCGCACAUAUAUAGACAGAGACACGCACACAGGCAGUGCGCACAGAGAGGCACAGAGAGAGAGAGAGAGACGCGUGCACACACACACACGCGCACUGACUGCUCCUGGAGAGGACACACACACAGUGGGGCAGAGAGACAGACAGAGAGAGUGUGUGAGAGAGAGGAGCAAGGAAAAGCUUUUAAAUGGCCAACGCUCUGACGACCACCUGCUAUGUGGUCCUGGCUGCCGUGGUGGUGGUCUACGCGCAGAGGAAAAGCCAGCUAGGGGCGCGUGUCCAGUACGAGCACAGAGACACGGACGUGACCAUGCAGUGCGGCUCGCUGGCCAGCGACGCGUCCGUCACGUGGAAGGUGAACGGCACGGACGUGAAGGCCGAGCGGCGCGAGGAAGGGCCGCUGCUCAUCCUCUUCGACGUGGACGUCAGUCACAACGGCCUGUACAGCUGCUUCCAGAACCCCAACGGAGAACGCCGGGACCAGAUCAACCUCCGGAUAGGAACUCUGCCUAAGAAGCCUGUGGUGAUCUGCCGAUCCAACACGUACCCCAAGGGCUUCUACUGCAGCUGGCACCUCACGCCCCCUCCCGACAUCCCCACUGAGUUUGAUGUCAACGUGGAACACAACAUGCGGACUCUGGACGUCGAGAGAGACACCGUCCACAAGAACCGGUGUAACGUCAAGUUCCCCGAGCUCUUCUCCUCGGUUCCGUAUCGAGUGAACGUGACGGCCAUAAACGCCCUGGGCAGUGCCUACACGAUCAUCUCCUUCGAGGAGUCCUCCAUAGUGAAACCUGACCCCCCAGAGAAGGUGGUGGUCACCCCCAUACCCAACAAGGUCCAGCGUCUGGAGGUCACCUGGAACAACCCCUCCACCUGGCCGGACGUGGAUAACUUCCCCCUCAAGUACUUCCUGCGAUACAGGCCCCUCAUCAAGGACGAAUGGCAGCACGUGGAGCUGACGGAGACGACUCGCCACACCAUCACGGACGCGUACGCGGGGAAGGAGUACAUCAUCCAGCUGGCAGCCAAGGACAUGGAGAUCGGCACCUGGAGCGAGUGGAGCGUGGCCGUCUACGCCACGCCCUGGUGGUACGAGCCCAAGCCCAUCACCUCCACCACCGAGGCCGAGGUCAUCAUCGAAACCAUCUGCUCGACAGCGCCCCCUUCAGCCAAGACUGAGCACCGACUGUCCGCUGGAGUUCCGGCCCUUUUGUCAUCAUCCCACCUGCUUCUAGCUUCUCUCUUGCUGUUUAUCAUGUGAUGUAUCUGUCAUUCCUGUGGAAGAAAUUGAGGAAAAAAAACCUUCUAUUUCUAUUUUGCACAUGUUAAUGGAUAUCGUGCAUUGAUAAUUUAAUUCAAGUCUCUCACAAAUGAAAAAUAGAAAGAUUAAUAAAUGAUGAAAACAAAAAAGAAGAACAACUACAACAACACAACAGCAGCAACACAACAACUAUCCGCAACCACCACGAGAUCGACUGUAAGAACUAACAGUGGAAUGUGAUCAGACACAGGACAUUACCCCCAGGGAAGCAAAAGAUUUGGGGACGUGUGACUCAAAAGAUACUUUCUGCCCGGCAGCACAACAGCGACAUUUCAUCCUUGUCAUAUUUUUAAAAAUCGACGAUUGUUUUUAAUCCCUUCGAAAUUCAUUCAUCCCGCGCGGUUUGCCAACAUUGUUUUUUGUCGUCAUCUCGUUGUCAGCAACAUACAGCUAACUCAUCAUGCCAAAGACUUGUUCUUGGACAAUACAUGAAACAAGAGAAGAGAUCCCUCGCCUCCCGAAGCCUGUGUCUGUGGACUGAUGACUUACAGUGAACAGAAUCUAAAAAAAAAGAAAUAAAAGAAAUUUAAAAAAAAAAAAAAAACUGUAGCUGCAAAGACGGAAGACGAAAGACUAACUCUGUGGAAUGAUGGACACCCAUUUGUUUGCAUUUUUGAUUCUUGUUUUGAUUUUUUAUUGCUUUUCUCUCAUGUCCAGUGGUCACGGACACUUUCAUAUGUAGACAUCACACAUUUCAUACACAAACACAUAAACAGAAACACACACACGCACACAGUACUACACACAUAAUAACACACACAUGCACUCACACAAACAAACACAAAGACUCACAUGUACACGCGUACUGUACACACACACACACACACACACACACACACACACACACACACACACACACACACACACACACACACACACACAUUUUAUUUUGUUCUCUCUAUCAGUUCAUUGGAAGCAAUUCAUUGCCAUCACCUGUGUGCUGGACUGCGUUUUCUAAAUCUGGUGACGGACGACCCAGAGAGCUGAGUUGACCCCCGACCCCUGACCCCUGCUCUAUAAGCUCUGUAAGCCAGUGCUGUUUUGCUUUCCAACUUCAUUGCCUUUAAACAUGUGUUUUUGCAGUUUACAUUUUAAUAGUCAAUAUCCCAAUUUAAUAUUAUGUUAUUCAAUGAAUAUUGUCGUGCUUUAUGUUUUGUUUAUUAUUGAACAAAAUAUACAUAUAGUUUUUUUUUUUUUUUUCAAACAUUCAUAACUGCUUAAUUCUCCCUGAUCAUAUUUUGUAAACUAUGAUAUGUAUCUUUAACAUGAAAAAGUUUAUUAUUUAAUAAUGUAUGUAUUAGCUGUAGAUUCUUGUAACCUGUAUCUGGAUCCUUUUAUAGAUGUAUAUAAAAUGAAAGGUUGUUCAUUAAAUGUGAC